AUGGAUAACGGUGUCGUUCAUCUGGCACAUCCGAGUGGUCGAAAAAGCAGUGAUGGAGCGGAUUUCGUCAUACCAAUGGGAUACACACAGGAACAGAUCUUUUCCAAAGUAUCACCGAUCAUCACUAGCUGUAUAGACGGUUAUAAUGUCUGCCUUUUUGCAUAUGGUCAUACUGGUAGUGGAAAAACUUACACAAUGGAGGUGAGCUGA